UUAAACCUGUAGAAGUCAUUCAGCUUGUUCGCCCUUUCCAUUGUCCCCCCUGUAGCUCUGGUCUUUGUGUUGUGACCUGUGAUGGUCCUCACACCUUCCCAGACCUCCCUCAUGUUGUUCUCCCUCAGCUUCUGCUCCACCUUUAUCCUUUAAGGCCAGGACACACCAACCCGAUGGCCGACCGUCGGCAGAAAAGCAGUCGGACUGAUCAGUCAGCUCCCGUGUCCCCGAAUCGGUCAAAAAAGCGGCGCCGACUGGAGCAUACAUUCUGUGCGUGCGCGAGGCGUAAUAUGUCCCCAUAACAGCAGGCGGCGCUAAUCUGUGUUGUCGCCCAAAAAAAAAGAAAACCGGAAAUGAUGAUCACUCUAGACCUAGUAAACACAGAGCAUGCUGUCGUCAGUCAUUGUUAGUCAUAGAGUGUUGAUAGUAGUCAAGAAGGAUCAUUAUUGUCAUUACUUGCUGAACGAAAAAUACGAUGGCUAAUAAUGACAAGAUACUGGCGUUGGCAUAGUAUGUUUACCAUCGUCACUUCUGGUUUUCUUGUGCACUCACUGAUUCACUAGUCAAGGGCUAGCACUCCACCAGUCAGAUUGGUCAUUGAGGCCGACAGCCACUGGCCGAUUCUACAUGUGGAAUCAGCCAAAAUGAACGCCAACUCUGACUGACGACGGCACGGGACACACCGAACCGACUCAAGUCACUGACCUCGCCCGACUGUCCGACGAUAUCCGACAGCCGGGAUUCGGGUUGCUGUGCUGCCUUCAUGGCCUCCCUGUCCCUGCUCCUGAAGGCAGCCUUCUUCUUGUUGAGGACAGCCUUGACUUCCCGCAUUACCCAUGGCUUGUUAUUAGGGUAGCAGCGGACAGUUUUGACAGGGGAGACCACGUCAGCGCAGAAGUUCAGGUACUCCGUCAGACAGUGUGUCAUCCCCUCUAUGUCCUCAUCAUGCGGGUUGAUGAGCACAUCCCAUUGUCACCGGCUUUUUUUGGACCAGGGUGUACAGUAGCUGUAGGUGAACCAGGUUGGGAUCAGACUUCCCCAGUGGGGGGAGGGGAGUCACUCUGUAUGCAUCCCUCACAUUAGCAUACAGGAGAUCAAUUGUCCUGUUGUUUCUAGUAGGACAGUCUACAACCUCGUGAAAAACAGCCAAAGUAGAAUCCAAAGUUGCAUGAUUAAAGUCCCCAGAGAUGAUCAUAAAUGCCUCAGGGUGCUGUGUCUGCAACAUUGCUGUGACUUCAGGCCUCCAGAGUUGAUGAGGUUCGUAGUAGAAUCUAUUUUUGUGAAAAGUUUUGGUGAAAAGUUUAAUGAGAUCCUUCGAGGGUGAAGCAAUCCAAUAAAAACUUUCCACAGACUCAAACAACAAAUUUUCUGAAUUUUUAAGGUGCAUUUCAAGGUCAGGUAGCUUUGAAUGAGUUGUCAAUGUUGUUGGGGUAAUCAUUAUAAUAAGACUUUUUUUCAUUCUUUUUUAAUUAUUAUUCAAAUAAUCUGUUUGUGUAAUCUGUUUCAUUAUUUUACAUUUAUUUUAGACAACAAUAAUGGAUUACACGUUAAAUGUAACAUAUAUAACUCUUAGUGGACAUGUAGAAGUGCAUAAAUACAGAUAUCUUUAUUUUUUGGUUUUGUUUACAGUAUACAUUUUAAUAAUCUGCAGUAAUUCUACAGUUCUGUACCUUAUCUGUAUCCACAAAAACCUCCACGAGCCUAUGUACAUUUUCAUUGCAGCUUUGCUACUGAACUGUGUUUUUUACAGCACUUCUAUUUACCCAAAGCUUCUGAUAGAUGUUUUAUCUGAAAAACAGAUCAUAUCAUAUCCAGUCUGUCUCUUUCAAUUUUUCAUGUUUUACUCCAUUGGUAGUUCAGAGUUCCCACUGUUGGCAGCAAUGUCCUAUGACAGGUAUGUGUCUAUAUGUAAACCUCUGCAAUAUCCAACUAUCAUGACAAAAACUACAGUGAGUAUUUUCCUGGUUUUAUCUUGGCUUGUGCCUGCUUGUCAUAUUGCAAUCCCAGCAAUACUGAGUGCUGAAACUAAACUGUGUAACUUUACUUUAAAAGCAAUAUUUUGUAACAAUGCAAUUUACAGACUCCAGUGUGUACAAUCAAGAGUAAUUACUAUACAGGGUGUGGUUGCUUUAUUAAAUCUUGCAAUUUUUCCUAUGCUCUUCAUAAUUUUUACAUACACAAGGAUACUUAUGAUAUCCUAUCGAAGUUGUAGAGAAGUCAGGAAAAAAGCAGCAGAGACCUGUUUACCCCAUUUGUUAGUUUUAAUCAGUUUCUCCUGUUUGAGUGCAUAUGAUAUCGCUAUAGCUCGGGUGGAAUCAAAUCUUCCAAAAACGGCACGAUUAAUAAUGAUGUUACAAAUAGUUUUGUAUCAUCCUUUGUUUAACCCACUUAUAUAUGGCCUCAAAAUGAAAGAAAUUUCUAAACACCUCAAAAGGUUGUUCCGUCCAGCCAAAAUCAUUUGAUGUAAAAACAGUGAUUUAUAAGGUAAAGUCAUUUCUUCUGAAAUAAUCAUGCAGACAGGUGAAUUCUUGGAGUAUUUAAUGCACGCACUUUUUUCCAUUACAGACUCUCCACAGGUCCAGUGUAUAACAUUUAGGAGGAACUAUUGUCAGAAAUAGAAUAUAAUAUGAAUAUAUAAUAUUUAUAGGUAUGUUUUCAUUAGUGUAUAAUUAACUGAAAAUACAAAUUUUCCUUGCCUUAGACAGAGCUGUUUUUAUCUACACAGGGAAGGCCAUGUUGAACCGCAAUGUGACUACAGUAGCUCGUAAAGGAUAAACCAAACACUGGCUCUGGACAGGGCCUUUCACCUUUUUUGCGAGCCACUGUAGUUUCUCCGACAGAAGUGGUACUGAGUUAGUUGUAAUCUGUUGUAACUUCAUUGCUAGAUAACCCUACAUCCUACACACUGGUCCCUCAACAGUAAAGAGACUCUUGUUGCUCUGUUUGUAAUGGAAACAGCAAAAAGUGUGCUGAGCUUGAACAAUAUAAAGGCUAAUUAAUUUGGUGUAAUUAUUCAUAAUUUUAUUUGCUGCCAUGAAUUUAGUUAUCAAAAUUAGACACUGGUUACAAGUAUUGACAUUGAUCAUUGGCUCUGAAUGUCUUGCUAAAAUUAAAUGUUGGAUUUCAGCUAUAUAAACUAUUAAAGCCCAUGCCUAACGUGUAAAGACAACACUGACAGUGUGUACAGUACAGUACUGUAUUCUAAUAAUGCUUAUUAUUCAUUUAAUUUUUUUUAACAAUGAUAUUUGCUGCUCUCUGUUUUUGGUCUUCCACGGCUGCACAAGCUGACUCAGGAGAAAAUCAUUAUUUGUCACGUCAAGCUGUGACUUUAGAUUUGGUGUGCUGGAACAAACAGGGAAAGCAAGUGUGUGUGUGUGCGUGUGUGUGCGUGUGUGUGUGUGUGUGUGUGUGUGUGUGUGUGUGCGCGGUGGUUGGUGCGCUGGCAUCUGCCUUGAUUUUCAAGUUAGAAGUGGCCUUUUGAUAAAGCUGAAAUGGCAUGUAUGUUUGCAACAAAACAUUCUUUACAUUUAUGAGAAAAAUAAAAUCUAAAUAAACCUUAAA